AUGGAGGGACUCCUGUCCCCUCGGGUGCUGUGGCUGCUCCUCUGGGUGCAGCUCUGCAGAGGGAGCCGUCAGGUGCGGCUGGUGAACGGGCCUGGGCGCUGCGCUGGGAGAGUGGAGAGCUACUACCAGGGCAGCUGGGGGAGCGUCUGCGAUGACGGCUGGGACCUGUCUGAUGCUGCCGUCGUUUGCCGCCAGCUGGGCUGCGGAGGGGCGCUGGAGGCGGUUGGCUCCGCUCGCUUCAGGGAAGGCUCCGCUCAGAUCUGGCUGGAGAGUGUGAACUGCUCCGGGGCCGAAGCUGCUCUCUGGGACUGCCCGGCAGGGUCCUGGGGGCAGCACGGCUGCGGGCACAAAGAGGACGCAGGAGUCGUCUGCUCAAGGGCUGCGGAGGUGAGACUGGAGGAUGGCAGCGGACGCUGUGCUGGGAGAGUGGAGGUAAAACACCAGGGCCAGUGGGGGACCGUGUGUGAUGACUCCUGGGACACGAAUGAUGCUGCAGUGGUUUGUAAGCAGCUGGGCUGUGGGUCCGCUGUCAAAGCUCCUGCUGAAGCACACUUUGGGCCAGGAUCUGUCCCCGUUUGGAUGGAUGAUGUUGAGUGUCACGGCACAGAGUCGGCCCUGUCUGACUGUAGACACAAUGGAUGGGGUCAAAGCAACUGUGAUCAUGGUGAGGAUGCUGGGGUGACAUGCUCAGGUAAGGAGGUGCCAGAGCCUGGAGACAUCCGUCAGGUGCGGUUGGUGAAUGGGCGUGGGCGCUGCGCUGGGAGAGUGGAGAGCUACUACCAGGGCAGCUGGGGGAGCGUCUGCGAUGACGGCUGGGACCUGUCUGAUGCUGCCGUCGUUUGCCGCCAGCUGGGCUGCGGAGGGGCGCUGGAGGCGGUUGGCUCCGCUCGCUUCAGGGAAGGCUCCGCUCAGAUCUGGCUGGAGAGCGUGAACUGCUCCGGGGCCGAAGCUGCUCUCUGGGACUGCCCGGCAGGGUCCUGGGGGCAGCACGGCUGCGGGCACAAAGAGGACGCAGGAGUCGUCUGCUCAGAGUUCAUGGCCCUGAGGCUGGAGAACGGCACCAACUGCUCCGGGCGCCUGCAGGUUUUCUACAAUGGGACGUGGGGGAGCGUUUGCUCCAACUCCAUGACUCCUGAAACUGUGUCGCUGGCAUGCAAGGAGCUGGGCUGCGGGGACAGAGGGUCCCUGGAAACACAACGGCCCCACGGCAGGCUGUCUGGCACGGCCUGGCUGGAUCGUGUGGAGUGUGGGGAGAGAAACAGCUCCUUCUGGCAGUGUCCCUCCGCUCCCUGGCACCCGCAGUCAUGCGACGACCUGCGAGAUGAGACCCACAUCACCUGCAAGGGUAAUUCUGAGCUAGCCGUGGGAGGGGAGAAGGGGUGCUCUGGCCGAGUGGAGGUGUGGCACCGCGGCUCCUGGGGGACGGUGUGUGACGACUCUUGGGACAUGCGGGAUGCCGAGGUGGCAUGCAGGCAGCUGGGCUGUGGCCCUGCGGUGUCUGCCCUGGCCGAGGCUGCAUUUGGGGAGGGGAGCGGCCCCAUCUGGCUGGAGCAGGUGGAGUGCCGGGGGACAGAGCCAUCUCUGCAGGACUGCUGGGCCCGGCCUGGGGACAGCGGUGCCUGCCGCCAUAAGGAGGACGCGGCCGUGAUCUGCUCAGAGACCAGCAUGGCUGAGUUGGGACCUGUGCGGCUGGUGAAUGGGCGUGGGCGCUGCGCUGGGAGAGUGGAGAGCUACUACCAGGGCAGCUGGGGGAGCGUCUGCGAUGACGGCUGGGACCUGUCUGAUGCUGCCGUCGUUUGCCGCCAGCUGGGCUGCGGAGGGGCGCUGGAGGCGGUUGGCUCCGCUCGCUUCGGGGAAGGCUCCGCUCAGAUCUGGCUGGAGAGCGUGAACUGCUCCGGGGCCGAAGCUGCUCUCUGGGACUGCCCGGCAGGGUCCUGGGGGCAGCAUGGCUGCGGGCACAAAGAGGACGCAGGAGUCGUCUGCUCAGAGUUCAUGGCCCUGAGGCUGGAGAACGGCACCAACUGCUCCGGGCGCCUGCAGGUUUUCUACAAUGGGACGUGGGGGAGCGUUUGCUCCAACUCCAUGACUCCUGAAACUGUGUCGCUGGCAUGCAAGGAGCUGGGCUGCGGGGACAGAGGGUCCCUGGAAACACAACGGCCCCACGGCAGGCUGUCUGGCACGGCCUGGCUGGAUCGUGUGGAGUGUGGGGAGAGAAACAGCUCCUUCUGGCAGUGUCCCUCCGCUCCCUGGCACCCGCAGUCAUGCGACGACCUGCGAGAUGAGACCCACAUCACCUGCAAGGGUAAUUCUGAGCUAAGCUCCUGA